AUGGGUCAAGGACAGAGCUCUUUCCCAACGACGGAAGUAGCAGCGCUUCUGGAGCUCUACGAUGCGCUUAACGGCGACCUUUGGCGUCGUCACGACGGCUGGAAACAAGGUCCGUGCGACCCAGAGCAGUGGUUUGGCGUUGACGUGUCCAUGGGCCAUGUCGUCGCGCUGAGGCUGUCGGCUAACGGUUUGAGGGGGUAUCUGCCAACUGCCACUCUUGUCCGUCUACCGCACCUCCGCGUUCUUGACUUGUCCAAGAACCAGCUGCAAGGCGAGAUUCCGGUUGACCUGGGGACACUCACGUCACUCAGGCGCCUGGACUUGAGCUGCAAUGACCUAACGGGUGCGAUUCCACGUCAGAUCGGCGACUGCAGCAAUCUGCAAGAGCUUAAUUUGUAUCAAAAUACGCUAUCCGGGUCGAUUCCAAAGGAGCUUGGCAAACUUCAGAGUUUGCGGACAUUGCAGUUGCAGUACAACAGCUUGUGUGGAGCUCUGCCCGAGGCACUUUGUGACCUAACGCAGCUAAGCAAGGUUAAUGUGCGUGGCAAUUGCUUGAUAGGACACAUUCCCCAGGACAUUGGCCGCAUGCAGUCACUCCGAUUUCUAUCACUGCGCAACAAUGAGUUCACGGGUGCUAUUCCACCAUCUCUCGGUUGUUGCAAGGCACUUGAAUUCCUUAAUCUUUCGAGCAACCAGCUCAGUGGACCUAUUCCGGCAUCAUUAGGCGAGCUUAUCGAUCUCGAGUAUCUAUACCUGUUUGACAAUGCGUUGGAAGGUAGGAUUCCUGACAGUAUUGCACGACUUAAGCGCCUGAGAGAGUCUGAUUUCCGUGAUAACCAACUACUUGGCGAGCUACCUAACUUCUUAGACGGCUGCUCCAGUCUCGAGGCUGUCAUGACAAAGUGGAAGAAUCGCAAAGCCAGCUACAGCCACGCUACCUUUGGAGAUACUAUACCAAGCGCCAACAUGCCGCCUGUAUCGUCGCAUCAUUUUUUGCAGACACUUGAAGACCCAUCGUUUGACUCGUUAGCCACCUUCUUUAGCCAAAGUUUUGGUCCAGAAGCAGCAAUGACAAAGGUAUAG